CUUCAAUCAGAAAAUGCAUCUGAAUCCGUCGGAUCCUCAACAGCUCUGCAUAAAAGGGGGCGCAUUUGCGCACAUCUUUCCCGACAUGAUGAGCAGUGCAUUUUAUGGUGAAUUUAGCAUUGAUUUUGGUCGUGUCCCCACAGGCGGCAAUGGGCGGUAAUCGCGAUUGUUGGCGGCGAGCGCAAAAGACUGUAACUGCUAGGAGUUUGACCAGUGUGGUUGAAUGAAAGAGAUUGUUUGGUGCGAUUGAAGAUGCUGAAAAGACGAUAAUGCCCUGUGAGCUGAACCUUUUAAAAUGCUUACGCUACGCCCUCCGAUAUCCCGAUCCCAUAAAACACAAGUUGGAACCCGAUUCCGAACGCUAGUGCUGAGGGAUCUAAGCGACUCUCCUAUCAACCUAUUCACUGGACAAGCUGAGCAACUGGUCCGAUUUCAACUAUACUUCCAUAGGACACAAAUAAUAAUGAACUGCAUCUUCUGUAUUUUUCAGGUAUUCUGUCAGCGUUGUAUGCAUGGGUUUACACUAGUUCUACAUAUAUGGCCAGUAGUUAGUCUGCCGACCCCACUAGCACCAUUCGAACCACUUGUGCAGUGGACAGAAUCCCCAGCUCAUGUGUUUAGCAAGCCUCGUUUUCCACUUUUUAUCACAAAAUGCUACAAAUAUAUGAUACUUAUAUACAAGAAAGUCUACUAUGAUCAGAUACAUUUGAACGCCUGGGAGAUUUCGCAGCAGCUUUGCAUCGAAGGGGGCGGAUUUGAGCAGUAGAAUCCGUCCAUCUUG